AUGACCGGACGGGCAAGGGCCAGAUCCAGGAGCCGCGCACGUGGCCAGGAGACUGGGGUCCCUGGGCCGCAACCCUCAUCGUGGCAGGCAGAGAGACCUAUGCAGCCAGUCUCAGAAGGGGAGGUUAUGGGUCGAGGGAGACAGAGGACUGCCCCUGGACCUGCUAUAUCUGAAGCUGUUCUCCAGAUCUCUGCUGGCUUUCAGCAAGCGAAGAUUGGAGAGCGAGGAGGACGAAGGAGAGAUUUCCAUGAUGUAGGAGUCCACACCCGCCAACUCAUGGAGCAUGUGAAAGAGUCCAAGACAGGAAUGUCCGGCUCCCCCAUCGAGCUGAGGGCAAACUUCAUGCGCUUGAUCUCUCGUCCCCAGUGGGCUCUGUAUCAGUACCAUGUGGACUUUAACCCACCCAUGGAGUCCCGCCGCCUGCGAUCUGCUCUGCUCUUCCAGCACGAGGAGACGCUGGGCUCAGCCCGCACCUUCGACGGAGCCCUCCUCUUCCUCCCUAACCGACUACGAAACAUUGAAACAGUGCUGUUCAGUGAAACCAGACAGGGAGAGAAAGUCCGGAUCACAGUUACACUGACCAAUGAGCUGCCACCAUCCUCCCCAGUGUGUGUGCAGUUCUACAACAUCAUCUUCAGAAGAAUCCUGAGGAUGCUCAACAUGCAGCAGAUUGGCCGCCAUUACUACAACCCUGAUGAUCCACUCAACAUACCACAACACAGGUUGACUAUCUGGCCAGGGUUUGUCACUAACCUGCUCCAGUAUGAGUCCAGCCUGAUGCUCUGUAUGGAUGUGAGCCACAAGGUUCUGCGCAGUGAGACGGUUCUCGACUUCAUGGCCAGCCUGCGGCACCAGUAUGGAGACCAGCGCUUCCCUGAAGUCUGCACCAAGGAACUGGUGGGACUCAUCGUCCUUACCAAGUAUAACAAUAAGACUUACAGGAUUGAUGACAUCGCAUGGGACCACACACCCAACAACACCUUCACCAGAGGAGACACAGAGAUUUCCUUCAAAAACUACUACAAAACUCAAUAUGGUCUGGGCAUCAGAGAUGAGCACCAGGUUCUGUUGAUCAGCCAUGUAAAGAAACUGGGCCCUUCAGGAAGACCUCCACCAGGUCCUGCCAUGCUUGUUCCUGAGCUCUGCUACCUCACUGGGCUUACUGAUAAGAUGCGCAAUGACUUCAACAUCAUGAAGGAUUUGGCGUCUCACACCAGACUGUCUCCCGAACAGAGAGAGAACCGACUUAACAGAUUCAUCACAAACAUAAAGAAGAACCAAGGAGCCCAGGCUGAGCUGAACACAUGGGGUCUGAGCUUUGAGAACAAGCUGCUGAAUCUGACAGGAAGAGUUCUGCCUGCAGAGAGGAUCAUACAGGGAGCCAGAACAUUUGAGUAUGACCCCUGGGCAGCUGACUGGUCUAAAGAGAUGAGGGGGAUUCCUGUAAUUAGCGGCCUGCCUCUGCAGAACUGGCUGAUGUUCUUCACGCGCAGGAAUGGCGACGCGGCCCAUUCUCUGCUGCAGACACUCCACAGGGUGGCAGGACCCAUGGGCAUCCGCAUGCAGCGGGCCGUCAUGAUUGAAUAUGAGGACCGUCAAGAGUCUCUCCUAAGAGCGCUACAGCAGAACGUACGACCAGGAACUCAGAUGGUGGUUGUGAUCUUGCCCACCAACCGUAAGGACAAGUACGACUGCGUGAAGAAGUACCUUUGCCUGGACUGCCCGACGCCCAGUCAGUGUGUGGUGUCUCGAACCCUGAGUCGACCCCAGGCCCUCAUGACCGUGGCCACCAAGAUUGCCCUGCAGAUGAACUGCAAGAUGGGUGGGGAGCUGUGGAGUGUUGACAUCCCGCUCAAGCAGCUAAUGAUUGUGGGAAUAGACUGUUACCAUGACACUGCUGCUGGGAGGAGAUCCAUCGGUGCACUGGUUGCCAGUCUCAACUCUAGCAUGACCAGAUGGUUCUCCAGAUGUGUCCUGCAGAACCGUGGUCAAGAGAUCAUUGACGGCCUGAAAGGGGCUUUGCAUGAUGCUCUGAGGGCUUACCUGAAACACAACAACUGCCUUCCGUCUCGUAUCGUCGUGUACCGGGAUGGUGUUGGAGACGGCAUGCUGCAAAGCGUGGUCAACUACGAGGUGCCUCAGAUACAGCAGUCCAUUAAAACCAUGGGCAUGGACUAUUCCCCCAAACUUUCGGUGCUUGUGGUGAAGAAGCGUAUCAGUGCCAGAAUCUUUGCUCUCCUCGAUGGCAAGCCGACCAACCCUCCACCUGGAACCGUCAUUGACACAGAGAUAACCCGACCUGAAUGGUAUGACUUCUACAUUAUUAGUCAGGCAGUGCGGCUGGGCAGCGUCUCCCCUACUCACUACAAUGUGGUGUUCGACAGCAGUGGCCUCAAACCAGAUCACAUGCAAAGACUUACCCACAAACUCUGCCAUUUGUACUACAACUGGCAGGGGAUGAUCCGAGUGCCAGCUCCGUGCCAGUAUGCCCAUAAACUGGCUUUCCUGGUGGGCCAGAGCAUCCACAAGGAGCCGAACCUGAACCUGGAUGAGUUCCUGUACUACUUGUAG